GGUCCUUCGUGUUAUACAGCAAAACCGGGAAAAUAUUUUUCAUUUUAGGACCCUAUUAAAAGAAGUCGUGUUUGCGGGACUCUGGUAUACACAGACUCUACUACAAAAGAGACACGCAUACAUUUGAACAUGAUUAUCUCUAUAUGUACGUAUAAUGUUGAAAUGUCUUAAAUUCGUACCUAGUCGCAAAUUUUGUUUAUUUGGAAAAGUACCUAUCAAAAAGCCUGAAAACUGUUCUUUAUUUAGUAAAUUUUCCGAUAUGGAUAAGUUCGAAAUAAAGAAAGAAAGUUCAUCCGAAUCGAUGUGCCGUCUAUGCCUACAAGAACGGGACCGCUACAGAUCCGUUUUUCAAGGCGACAGCACAACUUUGGCUACUUGGAUCGAGAAUCUCACAUCACUGAAGAUCUCGUACGUACCGGAUGCACCGGCAGCACUUUGUCUAGAAUGUGAGACAAUUCUCAAAAAUUUCGAAUCAUUUCGAGAAAUGUGCUUCAGCAAUGACAGCACAUUUCGCGAUAUGUUUCCUCAAACGGAACAACCAGCGAUCGUCAAUCAUGUGGAUGGCGCGGAGAGGCGUGAUAUUUAUACAUUCGAAUAUGUGGUAAAGCAGGAAAGUGAUCUUCAGAGUGACGCUAUUCUAGCGAUCGAAGACAUCCCAGCGGAAGUAGACGAGAACAAUGCGCCGGAGCUUGCAGACGAAGAGUGGGAAGUUUCCCACCAUGCCGCGAACGAUGAACAACUCCCCUAUCAGUGCUCCAUCUGCUUGCGGCGAUUUCGUGUCGAGCGUAACCUGCGAAGACAUGGCCGAGUUCACAUGCCAAAGCUGCCAAAGGUUCAGUGCGGCUUCUGUCGGAAAACGCUAUUGGACGACACGGCCCUGCGGAUACACAUGCGAAUUCAUACGCAGGAGGAACUGUACGGAUGCUUGGAGUGUGGCCAGUCGUUUAGCACUUCGGGACUAUUGACACGGCACGUUAGGUCACACAGCCAAAAGCGGAAGUUUGAUUGCCGGGGGCAAAGUUGAGCUUUUGUAACAUAAGAAGUAUCUCUAAUCGUCUAGAACACUGUAUGUCAAACGUUGUGCUUAACAUAAUCAAAUUAACCAUACGAGAUUGAGAAUAAUCAUACAGUUCAAUAAACAAAUCCAAAUUUUA